AUGCAAUUCACAACCUUCAUCGCCGCCUCAGUUCUCGCCACUUUGGCUUUGGCAACCCCAACCCCAGCCCAGGAAGCAGCAGCAGCAUCCACUCCCCUUAUCGACCUCUGGCAGGAUUCUGGGUUCCUCGGCCUCAAGUUCACAGGCUCCAGCACUGUUGGCACAUGUGUUAACCUUCCCGGCACUGGCUUCCAGGACAAUGUCUCAUCCGGAAAGGCGAAGCCCGGGUUCAGAUGCACUACUUGGGUGUAA